GCCACGGGAAGCCGCCGACGGCGCGGGCUGCCUGUCCCAGCGCGCAGGAGGCGCGCGGGCGGCGCUGGGGCCAUGGAGCCUGGUGACGCGGCACGCCUCGGCCCGGAGCGGGUGGUUCGGGCGCUGCCACCGCGGCUGCUGCUGCUGCCGCUGCUCCCACUGCUGCUGGGUCGGGGGCUGCGCGCGGCGGCCUCGGCCUCCUCCUCUGGGGCGGCGGCCGAGGACAGCAGCGCCAUGGAGGAGCUCGCCACGGAGAAGGAGGCGGAGGAGAGCCACCGGCAGGACAGCGUGAGCCUGCUCACCUUCAUCCUGCUGCUCACGCUCACCAUCCUCACCAUCUGGCUCUUCAAGCACCGCCGGGUGCGCUUCCUGCACGAGACCGGGCUGGCCAUGAUCUACGGGCUCAUCGUCGGGGUGAUCCUGAGGUACGGCACCACUGCCACCAGUGGUCAUGACAAGUCACUCAGCUGCACUCAGGAAGACAGGGCCUUCAGCACCUUAUUAGUGAAUGUCAGCGGGAAGUUCUUCGAAUACACCCUGAAAGGAGAAAUCAGCCCUGGCAAGGUCAACAGUGUAGAGCAGAAUGACAUGCUGAGGAAGGUAACAUUUGAUCCAGAGGUCUUUUUCAACAUUCUGCUGCCUCCAAUUAUUUUCCAUGCUGGAUACAGUUUAAAGAAGAGACACUUUUUCAGAAACCUUGGGUCUAUUCUGGCCUAUGCCUUCUUGGGGACUGCCGUUUCCUGCUUCAUUAUCGGAAAUCUCAUGUAUGGUGUGGUGAAGCUCAUGAAGAUUGUGGGGCAGCUCUCGGAUAAAUUUUACUACACGGAUUGUCUCUUUUUUGGAGCAGUUAUCUCUGCUACUGACCCAGUGACUGUCCUGGCGAUAUUUAAUGAAUUGCAUGCAGAUGUGGACCUUUACGCACUUCUGUUUGGAGAAAGUGUCCUAAAUGAUGCUGUUGCCAUUGUACUGUCCUCGUCUAUUGUUGCCUACCAGCCAGCGGGGCUGAACACUCACGCCUUUGAUGCUGCUGCCUUUUUUAAGUCAGUUGGCAUUUUUCUAGGUAUAUUUAGUGGCUCUUUUACCAUGGGAGCUGUGACUGGUGUUGUGACUGCUCUAAUAUCCAAGUUUACCAAGCUGCACUGCUUCCCCCUGCUGGAGACGGCGCUCUUCUUCCUGAUGUCGUGGAGCACCUUCCUCUUGGCAGAAGCCUGUGGGUUUACCGGCGUUGUAGCUGUCCUUUUCUGUGGAAUCACACAAGCUCAUUACACCUACAACAAUCUGUCGGUGGAAUCAAGAAGUCGAACGAAGCAGCUCUUUGAGGUGUUACACUUCCUGGCAGAGAACUUCAUCUUCUCCUACAUGGGCCUGGCGCUGUUUACCUUCCAGAAGCACGUUUUCAGCCCCGUUUUCAUCAUUGGAGCUUUUGUUGCCAUCUUCCUGGGAAGAGCUGCACACAUCUACCCGCUCUCCUUCUUCCUCAACUUGGGCAGAAGGCACAAGAUUGGCUGGAAUUUUCAACACAUGAUGAUGUUUUCAGGCCUCAGGGGAGCGAUGGCAUUUGCACUGGCUAUUCGAGACACGGCAUCUUACGCACGCCAGAUGAUGUUCACAACCACCCUCCUCAUUGUCUUCUUCACCGUCUGGAUCAUUGGUGGAGGCACGACGCCCAUGUUGUCAUGGCUUAAUAUAAGAGUUGGCGUCGAGGAGCCCUCCGAAGAGGACCAGAAUGAACACCGCUGGCAGUACUUCAGAGUUGGUGUUGAUCCAGAUCAAGACCCACCACCCAACAAUGACAGCUUCCAAGUCUUACAAGGGGAUGGUCCAGAUACUGCCAGAGGAAACCGGACAAAGCAGGAGAGUGCAUGGCUAUUCAGGCUGUGGUACGGCUUUGACCACAAUUACUUGAAGCCCAUCCUCACACACAGUGGCCCCCCAUUAACCACCACUCUCCCAGCCUGGUGUGGCUUGCUCGCUCGAUGUCUGACCAGUCCCCAGGUGUACGACAACCAAGAGCCGCUGAGAGAGGAAGACUCUGAUUUCAUCCUGACCGAGGGCGACCUCACCUUGACCUACGGGGACAGCACAGUGACUGCGAACGGCUCCUCAAGCUCCCACGCAGCCCCCACGAACGCCGAGGAGGUGCUGGAACGAGACCUGGGAAUGGGAGAGCAGAAGGUUUCCAGCCGGGGCACCCGCCUGGUGUUUCCCCUGGAGGAUAACGCGUGACUCCCCGCCCCGAGCCCUGAGUGACAGGGUAGGCCCACUGGCGGGAAUAGCACAGCAGUUGGUACCAAGUCAAGCCCCAGUCUCUGACAGUGUGAUAGACUGCCUCCACAGCAUGGCUUCUCCAAUGCUGGGACAACGUGCUGAGUGGCCUGGUUCGUGGUGACUGACCUGGAAGGGAAGGAACAAAGGAUGUUUGAACUUCACAACACAGAAAUCCACGGAAAGCCUGUUGAACCUUGAUGACAUAAGGCCUCUUAAAUAUGAAACCUAUAAUCUUCCCUACCUAAGCUGCAUUAUCCAAUGCUGUAGACCCAUACAGAAUCAGUAUCUAUCAUUUCUGCUUGUGACCCAAGAGGUGUUUGGUGAGGAUAAAGAUGGGGGCACCUCUCUUAGUGUGACUGUGCUUUCCGCAGCUGCUGCUGUGGGGCGCCUGUUGAGAAGAAAACUUUCUGAGACCUGCUGGGUAGAGUGGGGUAAGGGCUGGGACUGAAGCUGUACCUUUAGGCACCGACCAUGUAACCAUCCACCUUUCACUUGUGUACUGGUUCGUAUGUGCGAAAUAAAUCAUGCCAACAACGAUCAGCUGUUCUGUAAAACUG